AUGGAGCACGCACAACAAGAACACAACGUCCAGAUCGAGGAGGAAGAGGAGGAGGCCGCCACUCACAUGCUCACCGAGAAACUCGAGGAAUGUGGAAUACAAGCGGCGGAUGUCAAGAAACUGAAGGAUGCAGGAUACUACACCGUCGAGUCGAUCGCCUUCACCCCCAAAAAGACCCUCCUCACCAUUAAGGGAAUCUCCGAAGCCAAGGCGGACAAAAUUAUUACAGAAGCUUCAAGAUUGGUUCCAAUGGGAUUCACAACAGCAACAGAGUUUCACCAACGACGGAGCGGGAUGCUGCAGCUCACAACUGGUUCAGGAGAACUGGACAAGUUACUCGGAGGAGGCAUCGAGACGGGCGCCAUCACAGAGCUCUUUGGAGAAUUCAGAACGGGAAAGUCACAGAUCUGCCACAUGUUGGCUGUAACGUGUCAGCUUCCCGUGAGUAUGAGUGGAGGUGAAGGAAAGUGUCUGUACAUCGAUACAGAAGGAACAUUCCGUCCCGAGCGUUUGCUUGCUAUCUCAGAGAGAUACAACUUGAAUGGAGAGGAAGUGCUAGACAAUGUCGCGUAUGCUCGCGCCUACAACACAGACCAUCAGAUGCAGCUGUUGGUGCAGGCAGCAGCGAUGAUGUCAGAGUCAAGAUUCGCGCUCCUAAUUGUCGACAGUGCAACAUCAUUGUACCGAACGGAUUUCUCUGGAAGAGGCGAGCUCUCGGCUCGUCAGAUGCAUAUGGCCCGUUUCCUGCGGAACCUUCAGCGCCUUGCCGACGAGUUCGGUGUGGCGGUAGUGAUCACGAACCAGGUGGUCGCACAGGUAGAUGGAAUGGCCAUGUUCAGCGCUGACAGCAAGAAGCCUAUCGGAGGAAACAUUAUGGCUCACUCUUCAACGACAAGACUGUCGCUUCGCAAGGCUAGAGGCGAGAACCGCGUAUGCAAGGUUUACGAUUCGCCAUGCCUUCCUGAAUCUGAGGCCCAGUUCUCGAUCGGCGCUCACGGUAUCGCAGAUGCGACCGAGGCCUAA